CCUGCGGGCGCCGGGGGCGAGAUGGAGGCGAGCGGCGUGGUCGACUCGCUCCUUUCCGGAGCUUGCGUGGUCUUCACCCUCGGCAUGUUCUCCACCGGCCUGUGAGAGCGCGGCCGGGAUGGGCUGGGGCAGGACCAGGAAAUCAGGAGAGGGGAGAGAGACGUGGCCGCAGCCCCAAGCUGCGUCCGGAACCUGGGGUCAACGUGGGAUCCGAGGGGACCGGGCUCGGAUCUCAGGCACAUGCGGAUGACCCGGAGCGUGGACAGCAUCCAGUUCCUGCCCUUUCUCACCACGGAUGUCAAGUUAGAGGGGCAAUGGCAGCAGCGGGAAAAGAUGUCUGCGGGAGGUGGGGGAGGGGUAGGCGAACGUGGAAGAGGUCUCUUGGGUCUCCCUCCCACACUCGUCCCUACGGGCCAUAUCCCUCCCCUGCACCCUGCAGCAACCUGGGCUGGCUGAGUUAUGGGGCCUUGAAGGGAGACUGGACCCUCAUCGUCGUCAACGCAGUGGGUGCUGUGCUUCAGACCUUGUACAUCUUGGUGUAUUUGCACUACUGCCCUCGGAAGCGUGCUGUUCUCCUACAGACUGCAACCCUACUGGGGGUCCUUCUCCUGGGUUAUAGCUACUUUUGGCUCCUGGUGCCCGACCUUAGGGCCCGGCUGCAGCAGCUGGGCCUCCUCUGCAGUGUCUUCACCAUCAGCAUGUACCUCUCACCACUGGCUGAUUUGGCCAAGGUCAUUCAGACUAAAUCAACUCAAUGCCUCUCCUUCUCACUCACCAUUGCCACUCUUCUUACCUCUGCCUCCUGGUUCUUCUAUGGGUUUCGACUCAGAGAUCCCUACAUCAUGGUGCCCAACUUUCCAGGAAUCCUCACCAGCUUUAUUCGCCUCUGGCUUUUCUGGAAGUACCCCCAGGAGCAAGACAGGAACUAUCGGCUCCUGCAAACCUGAGGCAGCGCAUUUCACCACUGGGCACCUUAAUGCCAACUUGAUACCAAAGAGAGCUAUUUGUUUCAGCUGGUUCUGAUGACCAGCUCCACAGAUGCAAUGGGUUAUGGGAAAAAGAAGCAACUUUGAGAAUAGAAGGACCAAAGAAAGAACUUUACAGGGCACUUCAAAAAAUUCGUGGAGAAAUAGAAUUAAAAGAUAAUACGAAUAUUUCUAUGAACUUUUUGAAGUACCUUUGCACUUAGAAGAUCAGGUGGGAGCUAGGAGAUGAAAUCACUUUUAUUUUUUAGAGAGAUUACUUUUUUUAAUUUUGGAGGUUGGAGUGAUAUCUUUAGAAUGUGCCUUAAAAUAAACUGUUCCCUACC